AACGCGUUUGGCUUUUUCGUUCUCAGAGACGCGGCGGUGGUCGCGAGGAGCGCGUUCACGCGGGUCCUUCUUCAUAAUUCACUCCUGAUGUUCGUCUUUCUCCUCUCUUUUAAUCCUUUUAGUCUAUGAAACGCCCGGUUCGGCUCCUCGCAGCCCAAGUUAAGGCUGUGGACCCCCCUCCGCGUCCGGCCGUAGCCAUGGUGACGUGCCGCUGGUGCCCCGGGCUGCGCACCCGCUCCUCGGCCUACACGCUGGCCCUCGGCCUGGGCUUCGUGACCCUGGGGACCGGCCGCAUCCUGCUGCUCAAGUUCUCUGCCAACGCCGAGAACAAGUAUGACUUCCUGCCGGCAUCCGUCAAUCUCCUCGCUGAGUUGCUCAAGCUGCUCUUCUGUCUGGCUAUGUCAGUCAGGGUCAUAGUCAAAGAGGGACGAUCGUGCAAAGAGCCCUGCUUCUCCUCCAGCGCCUCCUUCCUCAAUUCCCUGAAGUGGGCCGUCCCUGCUUUCCUCUACUUCCUCGACAACCUCAUCAUCUUCUACGUGAUGACUUACCUGCAGCCGGCCAUGGCGGUGUUGUACUCCAACUUUGUCAUCCUGACCACUGCGGUGCUCUUCAGAGUUGUUUUGAAGCGGCGCCUGUCGUGGGUUCAGUGGGCAGCGUUGUUCAUCCUCUUCCUGUCCAUCGUUUCCUUGACGACGGGAUCAGGGGUUAGCCAAAACUCCACAGCUCUGCCAGGGCUCCACUCGAACCCCCUCUCCACCCCGUCCAACUCCUGCCUUCUCUACACGCAGCUGCUGGAGCAGAUGAGGAACAGCAGUGCCAGUGAGUCGUGGGUGUCCUCCCUCCCCGCGCAGGCCUGGAGGGACACGUUGGUGCAGAAGCUGCGCUCCCUGGGUGUGGGUCACAUCCUGCUCCUCCUCCAGUGCUUCAUCUCCGCCAUGGCCAACAUCUACAACGAGAAGAUCCUCAAAGAAGGAGACCAGCUCACGGAGAGCAUCUUCAUCCAGAACAGCAAACUGUACCUCUUCGGCCUGGUGUUCAACGGUCUGACCCUCGGGCUCGGCACCGAGGCACGGGGCCUCACCGCGCACUGCGGCCUCCUCCACGGACACAACGUCUACUCUCUUGGUCUAGUGCUGGUCACUGCCGCCCUUGGUUUGUCUGUGGCCUUCAUCCUGAAAUUCAGAGACAACAUGUUCCACGUGCUGACGGGCCAGAUCACCACCGUCCUGGUCACCGCCUUCUCCCUCUUCCUCUUCGACUUCCGCCCUUCGCUGGACUUCUUCCUCCAGGCUCCCACGGUCCUGCUGGCCAUCUUCAUCUACAACGCCAGCCGCCUCCGGGACCUGGACCACAGCCUGCAGCAGGAAAGGCUGCGCGUCAUCAACGGGGAGGUGCUCGAGAGGUCCAGAGGGGACGGCGAGGAGCUGCAGCCGCUGACCAAGGGCAACGCAGACAGCGAGUCCGAGGAAGAGUCCUUGUAGCGGCGGCGCCCUCCGCUGCCGCCGACCUGAAGCUGCUGGAAAGACACCCGAGUGUUUAUUUUUGUCAGCUGGUAAACAAGGGAUCACAUGAUGAACUCUUGAGAUAAUUGAGCCCAUUGUGUAUAUUUUGAAAUGUGGUUUGAGAGUGCUGUCGUUGACCCAGUCGAAUGCAUCAAUGUGCCGGUUCAUAAUCCUCACUGUAUCUGCCUUACGGGAUCAUCAAGGCCUUCUAUUAUGGAUGCUUUAUUUAUAUGCAGCUAUUUGGUGACCGACGGGCUUCGUUUCCAGCGGACGUGUGAUUGUGUGACGCUUUAUGCAGGUUCUUGGUUGUAGUUGCCGUCGUUGGCAAUUCAUGGACAAUGUGAAAAACUGAAGUUCCAGCAAAGAAAUUCCAAACUACAACUUCAGAAAUACACGUGCGCACAACGGGACCCGUGUUUCCCCUGCUGGGUUGCGGGAUGAGUGCGUCGUCUUUAACGUGAACAGGAGCUAUGAGCAUUUUACACAAUUCAAAAGCUUGUGCCUGCAUUUCCGAAAAGCACAACAAAGUGCCUCUUGGUUCCCGAUUACAACUUUUUUUGUCGUAUGGUGUAAUAUUGACAUAAUUCAACUGUGAAGUACAAUAAAAAUAUAUAUGUUGGUUGGUUGUAGGGUGGUGUACGUGCCACAAAACGGCUUUAAUUUUGUCUAAAUAACACUAACUGUGAUGACAAUUGAAAUUGUAAUAUUGAUUAAAGGGUGGAAAGAAGGAGAA